AUGUCUUCAAAUACGGGUUUUUCGAGGAGUAGCACCGGCUCGAUCAAGGUGUCAGAGCGAUCGCGAUGGCCACCAUUAACACGGGUGUUAAUGUCGGGAGAGAUGAGCGCUGAACGGCCGAGGGAAUUAAAUUUGCGAGAGAAGUUUGAUAGAUGGAUGGUGAAUGAAGGAUAUCGGCGAUUUUUCGUCUUCAUCUUCGCCGGCAUCCAUAUGAUGAUCUUCGCUUUCGGAUUCAUGAAUUACCAGAUCAAAGACAAUCUCACCAUAGCCCGAAGCACAUUCGGUCUUACAUAUGCGACAGCAAGAGCGGCAGCCUUGACCCUGCAUUUUGAUGUGGCUAUGAUUCUAUUCCCGGUCUGCAGGACGCUCAUCUCCUUGGCUCGUCAGACUCCUCUGAACGGCAUUGUCCAAUUCGACAAGAAUAUUACCUUCCACAUCACCACUGCUUGGUCAAUUGUCUUCUUCUCCUGGGUCCACACCAUCGCGCAUUGGAACAACUUCGCUCAGAUCUCAGCAAAGAACAACCUUGGCUUUGGAGGUUUCCUUCUUGCAAACUUCGUGUCCGGCCCUGGAUGGACUGGGUACAUAAUGCUGACUGCACUCAUGUGCAUGGUUGCUACAUCCGUCGAGAAGAUGCGUCGUGCCAACUUCGAGCGCUUCUGGUACACGCAUCAUAUGUUCGUUGUCUUCUUUGUCUUCUGGUCGAUUCACGGUGCUUUCUGCAUGAUCCAACCUGAUUUCGCGCCUUAUUGUGUCAGUGUGGGAUCGACGGCCAUUGGUGUAUUCUGGCAAUACUGGAUGUACGGCGGAUAUAUUUACCUGAUGGAAAGAAUUGCAAGAGAGAUCCGUGGCAAGCACAAGACCUACAUCUCCAAGGUUGUCCAACAUCCUAGCAACGUCUGCGAAAUCCAGAUCAAGAAAGAAAACACCAAGACUAGGGCAGGGCAGUAUAUCUUCUUUUGCUGCCCUGAGGUCUCCGUCUGGCAGUAUCACCCUUUCACGCUGACCUCUGCUCCCGAGGAAGACUAUAUCUCUAUUCACGUGAGAAUGGUCGGGGAUUUCACGAAAGCCGUAGGCCGAACUCUAGGCUGCGAUAUCGACAAGCCACGAGGUGGAGGUGAAGGCAAGAAGGAAGCAUCCCAAGUCGUGGGUGUCAACUCAAACGCUCCCGGAGUAGAAACCGUCGACCCAGCCAUCCGGCGAAUUCUCCCCCGUGUCUACAUCGACGGCCCCUUCGGCUCCGCCUCAGAAGACGUCUUCAAAUAUGAGAUUGCCAUGCUUUGCGGUGCAGGAAUUGGUGUCACUCCUUUCGCCUCAAUUCUCAAAUCAAUAUGGUACCGAAUGAACUACCCCCAGAAGAAAACUCGUCUCCGCAAAGUCUACUUCUUCUGGGUCUGUCGAGAUUUUGGUUCCUUCGAAUGGUUCCGCUCACUGUUGCUGGCUAUUGAAGCCCAAGACAUGGAUAACCAUAUUGAAAUCCAUACGUAUUUGACGGCGAAGAUUAAGGUUGAUGAUGCGACCAAUAUCAUGAUCAACGAUGCGAAUGCAGACCGUGAUGCUAUUACUGGGCUGCGGGCACCAACGAAUUUUGGAAGACCGAACUGGGAUAUGAUUUUCAAGAGCAUUAGGAAGAUUCAUGCGCCUGCGGAGGCCGGAGUGUUCUUUUGUGGGCCGAAGGGCUUGGGUAGCCAGCUGCAUGUGAAGUGUAAUAUGUAUAGUGAGCCUGGUUUCUCGUUCGCGUGGGGUAAAGAAAAUUUCUAA